AUGACAUGGAUUUUAGGAUCUGUCGAACCUAAUAUCAUCUUGAACCUUCGAUCAUCUCAGACUGCAGCUCAGAUGUGGACUUACCUGAAGAAGAUCUAUAGUCAACGAAACACUGCUCGUCGGUUCCAGCUUGAACAUGAAUUGGCCGCUUUCCAACAGGAUAGCCUUUCUAUCUCUGAUUUUUACUCUAGAUUCACUAAUCUUUGGGGUGAAUACACUGAUAUAGUUUAUGCUGACUUACCAUCCGAAGGUCUUAGUUCUGUUCAAUCUGUCCAUGAAACUACCCAGAGGGAUCAAUUUCUAAUGAAAUUGAGACCUGAAUUUGAAGGCACCAGAUCCAAUCUUAUGAACCGAGAAUCUGUCCCCUCCUUGGAUACAUGCCUCAAUGAUCUCCUUCGCGAGGAACAGCGCCUUCUCACUCAAACCACCAUGGAACAACGGCGGUCUGCAUCUGUUCCUGUGGCCUAUGCAGCACAAGGUAAGCCACGAGGCAGGGAUAUAAGCACUGUUCAGUGUUUUUGUUGCAAGGGAUUUGGUCAUUAUGCUGCAAAUUGUCCCCGAAAAUUCUGCAACUACUGCAAAAAGGAUGGCCAUAUCAUCAAGGAAUGUCCUACUCGACCCCCCAAGAAAUCAGAGACCGCAUAUACUGUCUCCGUUGGCUCUUCUAGUGCUGGAAGUUCUGUGACUGCAGUACCGCUGACACAAAGUGCUCAUGUUCAACCUGUGACCCCUGACAUGAUUCAACAAAUGAUCAUUUCUGCAUUUUCAGCUUUAGGACUCUCAGGAUCAACAGUCAGGGAGGAUGAUCGCGAGGGGGCCUAA